AGAACUAAUUUAAUGGUAUCAGGGGGGACUAUGUAUACAAUCCUAACUUUUACAAUUGUAUGAAACAGUACACAAUAUAGUUAAUGGAAGGUGAAUACUUAAUCCAGCCACUGUAAAAUGAAAACGAGUUGUACUUUUCUAAAAGUUACAGAUGGAUUCCAGCUCUAAUUGUAAAGCACUGAGCUGUGAAACUCAGAUACGUCUAAAGCCUAGUUAAACAAGUUAGGUCACCUACGCCACAAUGCAUUUGGAGAUAACCUCUGAGGAGUGGAUCUGGGUAUACCUGAUCUACUAAUGCAGAUUUGUGAACUGUGCUAAGGAACUCACUUUGCUAGUUAUUAAUCAUUGUUUGUAGACAAUCAGGCUGUCCUGCUUAAGCACUGAGAGUUUUGGAACUACGGGUUGCCUUUAAGCAAAAACUACACCACCCAUAAUCCCCAGCAACUCGUGGAGUGAACAGGGUGCGGCUCUGUUUAAAGAGCUUUUCCUCUUCUCCUGCCUUCACUCUCACUCUCUCUCCUGCAGCACGGGAAACUUCUUUUGAGCUGACUUGUCAAGCAGAAAUCCAAAAAAAACCAAAACCAUGGCUGGAAGAGGAACCAUCAAGGCUCAGAGCGGAUUCAACGCCAACGCUGAUGCCGAGGCUCUUUACAAGGCUAUGAAAGGAUUUGGCACCGAUGAAGCAGCCAUUCUGAAUCUACUGACGGCUCGUAGUAACGCUCAGCGGCAGCAGAUCAAAGCCGCCUACAAGACCCUGCACGGCAAGGACUUGAUGCAGGAACUGAAAUCAGAGCUGACAGGGAAAUUUGAGACUUUGAUUGUAGCACUGUUGGAGACGCCUACAAUGUAUGAUGUGAAGUGCCUGAAGCAUGCCAUUAAGGGUGCUGGAACAUCUGAAAAGGUUUUGAUUCACAUCCUGGCUUCAAGAACUUGCAAUGAGAUUCAAGAGAUCAAUAAGGCCUACAAGCAGGAGUAUGGUAAAAGCCUGGAGGAUGAUGUGACUGGUGACACUGAUGGAGCCUUCAGGCAGAUGCUGGUCAUUUUGCUGCAGGCAAGCAGACAGCAGGGUGUACAAGAGGCCUUGGUACAAACCGAUGCGAAGACCCUCUUUGAAGCAGGAGAAAAGAAAUUUGGUACAGAUGAAGAACAAUUUGUGACUAUUUUGGGGAACCGCAGUGCUGAACAUCUUAGGAGAGUGUUUGCUGAGUAUAUGAAGCUGUCUGGAUUUCAGAUCGAAGAGAGUAUUAAAAGAGAAACCUCAGGACACCUGCAAGAAGUGCUGCUGGCUGUGGUAACGUGUGCCAGAAGUGUUCCUACCUAUUUAGCUGACUGUCUGCAUAAAGCAAUGAAGCCGUGUCCACAGGGCGCAGGGACUGACGAUAAGACGCUGAUCGAGAUCAUGGUGUCCCGCAGUGAAAUCGACAUGCUGGAUAUACGUGCAGAGUUCAGAAGGAUGUUUGCCACGUCUCUGUACAAAAUGAUUAAGGGUGAUACUUCUGGUGAUUAUUCUAAAACCCUGCUUGUGUUGUGUGGCGGUGAUGAUGCCUAAAUCCGCUCCUGGAUCUACACUUCGAUAUUCUGGCAAUUUCACACUUAACAAAUUGCUGAAAAUAGAUUUUUAGUUGUACAUGUUACUAAUAGUGAUGCUCAGUAACUCAUUACAUUGAUAAUUCAUAAUAAUGAAGUCGGUUUUAACAUCACAUUGUUUUUUUUUUCUCUUGCAUACUAUUACAUGCUUGUAAUUGUGUAUUGGUCCAAAAUUUUGUAAAAGAAAGUAAAUAAAAAGGAGGUUUCAGUCAUGGUGCUACAAAACCAAAAGUUCAGUGAAGUAGAUAAAUAUUGCUAUGUGAUUUCUUUAUACUGCUUUAAUAAAUAAAUGUUAUGGGCAUUAUAAAAAUGG